AUGGAAACAGGUGUCGUCUCAGGGCUCAUUCGCUUCAAAUGCUCCCCUUCUCGCGUGGCAUUGCUGCAGCAAGAGGGCCUCGAAGGCUUCAAUCCUGCUGCUGCAGCAAAUACCGUCAGAGAGGAAGUGUACAGCCACCUGCGGCAGCAGCAGCAGCAGCUGCAGCAGCAGAUAGAGCAGCAAAAAAGGCUGCUUCAGGAACUCACUCUGAACAGCAACAGCAGCAGCAGCAACAGCAACUCGGAGGCACCGGACCGUGCUAUGCUGGCUGCAGCGUCACAGCUGUCUCAACUGCAGCAGCAGCAGCAGCAGCAGGAAGAUGAUGAGCGCUGGGUAGCUACGGUGCUGCACCAUGUAGGCUUCGCAGAGCAGCAGCAGCAGCAGCAGCAACUCGGGACCCUCAGCGGCGGGGAGCGAAUGCGUUUGCUGCUUGCGAAGGCGCUAUGUGGGAGGCCUUUUUUGCUGCUGCUGGAUGAGCCGACGAACCACUUAGACGCUGCUGCUGCUUCUGCGUUGCAGCAGCUGUUGCAGCAGCUGCCGCUUCCCAUGAUAAUUGCUUCUCACGACCGCCAGCUGCUGCAGCAGGUCUGCAACGGAGUGUUGCUGCUGCGGCGUGGCUGUCUGGAUCCCAAGUUCGUUGGCUCUGUGGCUUCUUUUCAGCAGCAGCAGCAGCAGCGGCAGCAGCAGUGGGUUGCCGCUGUGCAGAAGCAGCAGGAGCAGCUGCAGCAACUGCAGCAGAAGCUGCGCAGGCAGCGGGGGCCGCCAACUGCAGCAGAUCAGACGCUACUGCAGCAGCUGAAGCAGCAGCCGCCACCCCCUGCGUCUCACGAGCCAGCAGGAAGGCCCCCAGUCUUCUUGCUGCCGCACAGCCCGCAAAGAGCAGCAGAAAUAAUGGCUUUAAGAGGCUGCACUCUUGUCGUCUCUAGCAAAUGUGACCAGAAGCAGCAGCAGCAGCAGCAACAGCAGCAAGAGGAGAAGGAGGUCCUGCGAGACGUGACCAUAGUGGUCCGGAGGGGCUCGAAAAUAGCCAUUGUGGGUCCCAACGGCAGCGGCAAGUCAACUCUCCUCAAGGCGCUGGCGGGCCAGGUGCGAGAGGAGCAGCAGGAGCUGCAGCAGCAGCAGCAGCAGCAGCAGCCGGAAGUGGUAAUAACAUCUGGGGAGCGGAGCUGCGCUACCUCACUGCGCUCUUCGCUUUUGCUGCUUCCACAGCACCAUGCGGAUGUGCUUCCUAUGCACAUGACCGCGUUAGAGGCUCUAAGGGCGGCUGCUGCUGCUGCUGCUGCCCGUCGCCCAGCAGCA